AAAGAAGUGGAAUUUGGACUGAGCCAGCAGGAAGAGACAGAGUGAGAGAAGAAGAAGACUUAAGAGUGCAGGCGGCCUGAGCUGUGGAGUUCAUGAUGAAGACUGUGGUGACUGUAAUCCUCGUGGUGCUUCAGUGGGCUUUUACCCUCGGCAGAGUAAGGUGGUGCACCAUAUCAGACCUGGAGCUGAGAAAGUGCAACGACAUGGCAAAUGCGUUUAGCCAAGCAGGCAUCCAGCCGGCCUUAUCCUGCAUAGCAGGGAUGUCCUCCAUUGAUUGCAUUGAAAAGAUUGCCGCCAAAGAAGCAGAUGCUGUGACACUGAAUGGAGGAUCAGUGUAUGAGGCAGGGAAAAGAUACAACCUGAAACCAGUUGUGGACGAGAAGUAUGAUGAAGAACCUGGUCUUUCCUACUAUGGUGUGGCAGUCAUUAGGAAAAGUAACAACAACUUCAACUUUACCAGCUUGAAAGGGAAGAAAUCUUGCCACACUGGCCUGGGCCGAACAGCAGGCUGGAAUGUACCCAUGGGCUACCUGAUCAGCAGUGGUAAAAUGUCAGUGAUGGGAUGUGAUGUUUUAAAAGGUGCAAGUGACUUUUUUGCCGCUAGCUGUGUCCCUGGUGCAAAUGUUGAUGGCUACCCACCUUCCCUCUGCCAGCUCUGCAUUGGUGAUGAAAAUGAAAACAACAAAUGCACAAAGAAUGCUGAAGAGAGAUAUUUCAACUACAGUGGGGCAUUCAGGUGUCUGGCCGAGGGAGCAGGAGAUGUUGCUUUUGUCAAACACACAACCGUCUUGGAAAACACCAAUGGAGCAAAUCCUGAUCAAUGGGCGAAGAAUCUGUUAUCGCAGGAUUUUCAGCUUCUGUGUCCAAAUGGGUUAAAAGCAGAGAUUGGUGACUACAGGAGAUGCAGCUUGGCCAAAGUUCCAUCACAGGCCAUUGUGAUUAGACCUGAUGCUAAUGGGGAAGACAUUUUCAAAAUGUUAAAUGAUGGCCAGAUGAUGUUUGGAAGGGGCGGAAGUAGUCACUUCAAGAUGUUUGACUCCUCUGCAUACUCUGGUAAAGAUCUCCUGUUCAAGGACACAACAACUGCCCUGAUUAAAAUUGAAAAGCAGACCUUUGAGGCCUGGCUGGGGAACGACUACCUGAAUGCCCUGUCAGCUCUGGACUGCAGUCCUGGAAGGGUCCCAGAAUACCUCCGCUGGUGUGUCCUCUCCACACAGGAGUUAUGGAAGUGUGCAGAUAUGGCCACCAACUUCUCCAGAAAAUCCUUAACACCAAAGAUUCAGUGUAUCUCUGGGAGCUCCACAACAGAUUGUCUGCAGAAAAUAAAGAACAAGGAGGCCGAUGCAAUCACACUGGAUGGCGGGUUUAUUUACAAGGCAGGAAAAACAGAAGGACUUGUGCCAGCAGCUGCCGAGGCUUAUUCAGAUACAAGUGCAGGAAGUUCAUAUUUUGCUGUUGCUGUAGUGAAAAAAUCAGCUCAUGAUAGCUUCACCUUCAAUGAUCUUAAAGGGCGAAAAUCAUGUCACACUGGCUAUGGAAGAACAGCGGGAUGGAAUAUUCCAGUGGGCAUCCUUAUAGAAAAAGGGCUAAUAAGGGCCACAAGUUGUGAUUUGGCAAAAGCUGCUGGUGAAUUUUUCAGUGCCAGCUGUGUGCCAGGUGCCAAUAAGCCUGGUUUUCCUGCCAGCCUCUGUGAACUUUGUGUCGGAGAUAAUGCUGGAGCAGGCAAGUGCGAAAGCAGCAGUGUGGAGCGCUACUACAGCUACAGUGGAGCAUUCAGGUGCCUGGCAGAAGAUAAAGGAGAGGUGGCAUUUGUAAAGCAUUCAACAGUCCUUGACAACACUGAUGGUAAAAACACUGAAGCAUGGGCUGCAGGUUUGAAAUCCACAGAUUUCCAGCUCUUGUGUCCAAAUGGAGCACGUGCUGAGGUAACCAGUUAUGCAACAUGCAACCUGGCUCAAGUGCCUGCCCAUGCAGUCAUGGUUCACCCCGACACAAGCAUCUACGCAAUAUAUGGACUCCUGGAUAAAGCUCAGUUAUUUUUUUCAAAUGACAGCAAUCUUGGUGAAUUCAAAAUGUUCGACUCCUCCAAAUAUGAGGCACCAGAUUUAAUCUUCAAAGACUCAACACUUCGCAUUGUAUCUGUGGAAGAAAAGAAAACCUAUGAGGCCUGGCUUGGACAAGGCUACAUGAACUCCAUGGAAGGACUUGAAUGUGCAGGAAUAGCUGUUUCCUCUGUUCCAGUCAUCAUUGUCGCUGCUCUUAGCCUUCUCCUGUUGUGACCUGUAACCUACUGAGAGACUGACAGGACACCAUGCCGCAAAGAUGAAAUGGGAAAUUCAAAGUUUCAGGAGAUCAGGGUUUUUUUUUUCUUUCAAUAUCAUGGCUCUGUGGUAUAACUUUAGCUGAAUUUAAUAAAGUCAGGAGCGUUAUCACAUUUUCAUAUGGAUGGUACUGUUAUUCUGUAUAGUUAGUGAGACCCAUGUAUGCUGCCUUAUGAAAAAGCCUAUAUAUUAUUUUAAAAUUGUAAUAUUUUUAUCUUAGCUUUGUGAUAAUAACCUCCAAGUAAAAAGGAAUCAAUCAAAAAUUACAUUGAUUAAUUGGAAAUGAGCUUUCCUCCCCUUACUUAAAAGAUUUCUAAAUUGGACAUACAGUAUAUGAGUGACUGUAUCUUGUCAUGGUUGUGUGCCCAAUCCAAGGUUGUUUUGUGUCUUAAAGCUUCUGGCAUAGAAUCCUGUUCCAAAUUAACUUAAAACUGGACUAAUCAGGAUCACUUUAAUUAGAUGGCAGACAGAAUUAAAAAUGUGAAAAUUAUUUUGUAAAGUGGUUAUUCUUUAGCUUGGGUGUAACAAGCAGUCAUGACAUUGAUAAGUUCAGAAUAAACUGUACUGUUCCUGUAGCUCUCCUUUCUUGGCUACAGCAUUGCAAACUCAACCUUAAGUAAGAAGGAGUUCUAAGAAAAAUCUUCCCUAUUGAUAUUAAGGAAGUACACUGAUUAGGAAAUGGUUACAAAAUAUUUGGACACUUUCAGCAUCUUUUCAGAAGGCAAUCACAUGCACCAUCCUAGUGUGAAAGACACAUGGGCACCACUAACACCUUGGAUGGUCAUCUCAAAAGAAAAGGGGCCAAAAAAAAAAGACAAUAAGAUGGCUGGAGUGGUGGCUCUGUGGCUAUUCAACUUCGAAUUCCGGCAGUGAUGGAAGAAAUGCUACUCCGUUAGACCCAAGGCCCUUAACUUCCAAUUGCUCCAGGGGCACUGUAUAAAAUAGCUGACCCUGUGCUCUACCUCUAAAACUCUGAGUAAGUUGGGCUCUGCAAAAAAAGAAAAUUAAUUAAUUGGAGAUUAAUACAGUAUACCAAAAAACAAUCUAAUGACAGGACUAAAGGAAGACCCGUAGGUGCCUGUGCCAAAGACUGGUGAAUGUGAGAGUCACUUUCUAGAAGAUUAAGCUGUCCACAAUAUUGUUAUGUACAGAAAGAGAGCAAGAAGAAAGCUGCUAAGAAAAAAAGAACAGUGGGCAAUGUGUGAAGUAUAAAGAUAACAAUAAGAUGUUCUGAAGCCAUGUUGGAAAAAAAUAAUGUUUGUCAGAAAUACCAACCUUUACAUUUACUGAAAAUAUAAUACAGCUUAUAAGUCAGGGAGAACACACUCCCCACGCAAAGGUACUAUAGAAGCAACACUCAGUUAUGGAAAGGACUGGCAGAACAGAAGGGAAAUGGGGUAAAACAAAAGCCUGCUGUCCUCUGCAAGGAAGAAUAAAUGGGGGAAAUGUUUCUACAAUGGCAACAUCAACAAUGGAACAAAAGAACAAAACAAAAAAGAAAUCUACAUGAGCAAAUGAGCUGGGUGAUUUAAAUAUUGCAGUUUGUCAAGGGUCCCCUCUCAGUUUAACUGUGAAUUAAAGCACUUCUGUAAGGGUAGGAGUCAUCACAAUCAGUUGUAGCACUAUUGUACUGAAAUAAAACUAUGGCUUUAUUUCAAGUAAAAGCCACUUCCACCAUCAUACUGUCUUUGAGGUGCAGAUCUGUUUUCUAGUUGCUCCUUUUAUUCAUUUUCAUGCAUCUUAAGCUCUUAGUUUUUACUUGGAGUGUAUUUGUCUCAGUGUAAAUAGCUGAGGUAAAAAUGUUUUGAUAUAAAGUGUCUCAACUUUGGGGUCUUUGAGCAAAGCUGAAAGGGCAUGUAGACUUACCCACUAUACAUGAUAAUGGUACCAUGCCUGAUUUGAUGAAAUUUGACUCUUGAGCAAAGAUUCUGAAUGUAGUAACUUACCCUGCAGGUGUACUAAAACAGUAUAACAAUAAGAAGUUUAAAGCUGCUGCAAGGAAACACAGGCCUGUUUCACACUGAAAGAGAAAACAUUUUAGGUUACGUAAAAGUACUUUGGUUAAACAUAUGUUAGAAAUAACAGAUUAAGAAAGUUUGUACUUCAGUAUCUAAAAUGAAUUCACAUAUUAUUUAUUUAUUUUAGGGAAGACAUUUUCUGGAAAAUGUUAGAUUUUUAUUUUGUAUUAUUCAUUAUACAAUAAUGGAGUGAUAGUCCCUCUAAUGUAUAUCAUGCACACAGAUUUUUAAUAGUGGGUUUCUGUUAUUGACUGUUUAAAAUUAAGCCCCUUGCAUCAGAUAGUAUUUAUCCAAAGUAUUUGAUGAUUCUUGCCUGUCCCUUGAAGAACCCUACUAAAUAUCUGUCACCUAAUGUGGCCCAUUCAGAGUAUAACAUACAGGGGCACAUUGAAGUACAGGACCUGGAGGGUGAGGGCAGGUGGGUGACAAAACUCCAUCCACGGUGGCAGCUUUGAGCAAACAGACAUAUAAAGUAUUCUUACCUCAAGAAUCAGUGUUAAAGUAAUUGUUUCUAGUUUAUUUUCAUUGUCAAAAGAAUAUUUCAUAUAUGCAGAAGGUGUGUUUUCUUGAAUAGAAACCAUUGCUGCUUCAAAGUGUACGUAUUUCAUAGUUUUAAAGGUUUUUCUUCUGCAAAGGGGCCCAAAUACCUGUUAACUCCAUUAUAAAAUGUAAGAACAAGUUAGGUUUUUUUUUUUAUAUAUAUAUAAAAUAUGGUUCACUUUAGACCGCAGUUUCAUAUGGCAAAUUAAUAUAUACACCAGGAUUGUAAAGAAAUAUUUUGACUUGAAAAAUACCAAACUUAUCCUUUAACAAACUACGCUUUAAUUUUUGCUUUUCUCCUUAACCAAACGAUGAGAUGUAAACUGAGCCAUCGGAUGACCAGCUAACUCGGCAGUCUCAAACUCAGUUUCUCCAUGGCUACACUCCAAGCAGCUUCUUAUGUAGACGCCAUCACUUGCUGUUACUGAAAUAUGAUAUUUAAUUCAGUGCUGUGCUAGUUCUCUCAUUCAACCAUUCCGGACAUUUACAAAACCUGUUGAUUUUCUUUUUUGUAGAGCACCAUCAUCAUGUUUUGUAGUCCAAAGCAGAUCAGUGUUUCUCAGACAUUCACUUAUUGAAAGAGAAAGUAUGAUAGAUACGCUGAAGUAAUCUGUUAGUUCACUUUACAUCUCCUUAUUGUUUGGCUGCUGGACACAAUUCAGGUUUCUGAAUCUUAAAAGGCAAGUCACUUGAAAUUAACAGAAAACUUCAAGUGGCAGCAGGAAUUGGUUACAAAUUAAGAAAGCGGCUGGAGUGAAACCCAAAACCCACAGUAGGAUUUGAGUCGGAACCUGUGUAGUAAAGAAUAGUAUUUUGAAUGUUUCUGGCAAUAAUGAGAAUUUUGUACGUUGCUCAGUGAAAACAGCAAAUAUGCUUAAUCAGGUUAUCUAAAGCCCCCCCCCAGAAAUGAACACAAGUUAAAAUGCUUUCUGUGGCCUAAACAUAUAUGUUUCUCACACAUUCUUUUAUUAUUAAAUUAGUGCAUAUUUCAGGCGCAAGCAUUUUUGAUAUUACACUGUCAGCAUGGCUAGGAGUCUAAAAGAGUUUAAUUGGUGAGAACUGGUCACUUAAAAUUGUUAGGUGUAAGGAAGGAGUCAGUUGGGGGGGGAGUGGGGCAGUCAUAUAUAUAAUGUGUGUGUGUAG